AUGUUGAAGAACUUCCAGCAUGCCUUCGCCAUCAAUUUUGCUGUCAAUGAGAUCAACAAGAAUCCAAAACUCUUGCCAAAUAUUACCAUUGGGUAUCACAUCUAUGAUAAUUUCUUAGAUGAAAAAAUGAACUAUGAUAUCAUCCUCACAAGGCCAUCAUCUCAAAAAGAAAGAUUUCCUAAUUUCAGGUGUGGAAAGCAAUAUCAAAUGUCAGCAGUUGUUGGUGGGCUAUCCUCUGAUGCUCAUAUGCAGUUAGCCGCUAUUUUAGGCCUCUAUAAGCUGCCACAGCUCAGUUAUAGUUCAGUUGACCCAGCACUAAGGGAUAAAACUCGGUUCCCCUUUUUCUACCAAAUGGUCCCCGCUGAAGCUUCUCACUAUGAAGGAAUAGUGCAUUUGAUCAGAUAUUUCAGAUGGACAUGGGUUGGACUCAUUGUUUCCUAUGACAAUACUUAUUCUGAGGUCUUGGAAAGCUUGAAAUCACUAUUUAGUAGGAAUGGCAUUUGUGUUGCUUUCACAAAAAUAGCACCUGGUCUCAGCGUUAAGAGGGUGAAUGAAACUACAAACCAGAUGUUUUAUGAAAAUGAUACUCUGGCAGUUCUUAAUAUGACUAAAGCCAAUCUCCAUUCGCAUUUGAGGAAAGUCCGUUUCAACAACAGUUCUGGGGAGGAGAUAUUUUUAAAUGAAAACAUGGAAUUGUCCAUGGGAUAUGACAUUGUUAACAUGGUUACUUUCCCAAAUAACACUUUCAGGAAAGUGAAAGUUGGUAGGAUAAAUUCCCAGGUUUCCUCAGACCAGCCACUUAACAUUGAGGAACAUACUAUUACAUGGCCCAACAAAUUCAACCAGACAUUGCCUCUUUCUGUGUGCACUGAAAGAUGCCAUCCUGGAUACCACAAAAAAGUCCGUGAUGGAGAACCACCUUGUUGCCAUGACUGUUUCCAGUGUCCAGAAGGGACCAUUUCAAACCAGACAGAUGCAAGUAAGUGUGAAAAAUGUCCGGAACAUGAAUAUCCCAACAAAAAUAAGAACAAAUGUAUUCCUAAAGCCACAAGCUUCCUGGUCUACAAUGAAUUUUUAGGCAUCAGUUUGGCUUCUGCUGCACUUUCUCUUGCUCUUCUUGCAGCCCUGGUACUUGGAACAUUUAUUAGACACCAGAAUACCCCCAUUGUCAAAGCCAACAAUCGGGACCUUACCUACCUUCUGCUGAUCUCCCUUUUGCUCUGCUUCCUUUGCUCCUUGCUGUUCAUCGGACGACCCAGCAAGGUGGCCUGCCUUCUUCGACAAGCUGCAUUUGGAAACAUAUUUUCUCUUGCACUUUCUUGCGUGCUGGCUAAAACUAUUACUGUGGUUCUGGCAUUCAUGGCAACAAGGCCCGGAAGCAAGAUGAGGAAAUGGGUGGGCAAAAGGCUCUCAAACUACAUUAUCUUUCUUUGCUCUCUUAUUCAAAUUGGUAUCUGUGCCUUCUGGCUAGUUACCUCUCCACCUUUCCCUGAUCUUGAUAUGACUACACAGCCUAAGGAGAUCGUUGUACAAUGUAAUGAAGGCACAGGCUCCAUGUUUUACACUAUCAUGGGCUACAUAGGCUUUCAGGCCAGUGUCAGCUUCACAGUGGCCUUCCUAGCCAGGAAACUGCCUGACAGUUUCAAUGAAGCCAAGUUUAUCACCUUCAGCAUGUUGGUCUUCUGCAGUGUCUGGAUAUCUUUCAUUCCAGCCUAUCUGAGUACCAAAGGCAAAUACAUGGUGGCUGUGGAGAUCUUCUCCAUCCUGGCCUCGGGUGCUGGGUUGCUGGGAUGUAUAUUUGUCCCUAAAAUGUACAUCAUUAUUUUGAAACCAGAAAUGAACACUAGGGACCAAUUCUUUAAGGAAAAAUAA